AUGAGUUCUCAAUCUCAUAGGCAUAUACGUUUGGCCGGUGAGGAGUGGUGCAUGAAGGAUAGUGGAUGUCAUUUUAUUGAAUUAAAUCAAGAUUGUGCAGAUAUUAUGGGACUAAGCAAAGAGCAGGCACAAGAAACGAAAGAAUCUGUCGUAAAUACACGGAAUCCAAAGUUAGCCGCUGAGUUGCGAGAACUUUUUUCAUUAAUGUUGGCAGCAAGAUCAAAAUAUCGUACAAAACUUCAAAAUGAUGCCUCUGAGGCGAAGAUUGGAAAGGAGAAAUCAAUAAUAUGUGAAGAAGAUGCUGAUUCAAAAGGAUCUGAGAUGGAAAUUGAUUCUGGAGUGGUAGAUUUUGAUGGACAGCACGAUGUUUCAUCAGAGAAAUCAUAUGAAAGAAUUCGUACACGUAAUGCCAUGAGCAAUCCAUCAAAUCCUUCAUCAGGUACACGACCAGAUUCAAAAGUGUCUGGUGUUGAGCAGAUCAAAACGGCUAAGAACAAUGAAAUAUCAUCAAAUGCUAAGCAAAACGAAGUUAUUAGAACAAAUAUAUCAGCAACUAAUUCGAAUGCGCUCAGGAUAAACGCGUCAGCGGUAAACCCAGCAAUAAUUCAAGGAAAUAUGUCCGUAUAUGGCCCGUUAAAUCCUAUACCUCCUCACAUUGCGGGAGCCUUACCUGCUAAUACGUCAGGUCAAAUAAUUUCACCUCCACUGCAUCCACCUGGAUAUGCAUCGCAUCCAUGGGAGUCUAUACAACCACCUAGAAUUAUUCCAAACCAGCAGACAGGACCAAUAACGUCCUUUUAUAAUCCAAUUGUAUCUCAAGAACCCAUGAUUUAUCCGUAUGGAGCAAAUAAUAUCCAGCUCCAAUAUGUUGGAAACACUUUUGGAUUGCCACCAGGACAAUGGCCUCAACCAUAUACAUACGGAAGUCAUCCUCCUUAUCAGUGGACACAUCCCCAUGAUGCUCGAAACUCAUCAAUGAUUGUAGAUCCUCAGUGGAACGCAGCGCAAACAUCAUGGUCUAAAAGGUAA